AUGCCUGCUGAUACCGUAGGAAAGACUAUUACCUGCAAGGCCGCAGUGGCUUGGGAAGCUGGCAAGGACCUGUCCAUUGAGGAAAUUGAGGUUCUGCCCCCUCGCGCACACGAAGUUCGUAUCCAGAUCUACUACACUGGUGUCUGCCAUACCGAUGCGUACACCCUCUCUGGCAAGGACCCCGAGGGUGCUUUCCCCAUUGUCCUUGGUCAUGAGGGUGCCGGUUACGUCGAGUCAGUUGGUGAGGGAGUUACCAAUGUGAAGCCUGGUGAUCACGUUGUUGCGCUCUACACCCCCGAAUGCAAAGAAUGCAAGUUCUGCAAAUCCGGCAAGACGAACCUCUGCGGAAAGAUCCGCGCUACACAAGGAAAGGGCGUCAUGCCUGACGGCACAUCGCGUUUCCGCUGCAAGGGCAAGGACCUCCUCCACUUCAUGGGCACAUCCACCUUCUCCCAGUACACAGUUGUAGCCGACAUCUCCGUCGUCGCCAUCGAGGAAGACGCCCCCAUGGACCGCCCCUGCCUGCUCGGCUGCGGAAUUACCACCGGCUACGGCGCUGCCGUCAUCACGGCGGGCAAGAACGGUGUCGAGGAGGGCAGCAACGUCGCCGUAUUCGGCGCUGGCUGCGUCGGUCUGUCCGUCAUCCAGGGCGCGGCCAAGAACAAGUCCGGCAUGAUCAUUGUAGUCGACGUCAACGACGCAAAAGAGGAAUGGGCCAAGAAAUUCGGCGCCACACACUUUGUCAACCCGACCAAGCUUGGUAACCAGUCUAUCCAGGAGAAGCUCAUUGAGAUGACAGAUGGUGGCUGCGACUACACGUUUGAUUGCACGGGUAACGUUAAUGUUAUGCGUGCUGCGCUUGAGGCGUGCCACAAGGGAUGGGGUGAGAGCAUCAUUAUUGGUGUUGCGGCUGCUGGUCAGGAGAUUUCUACUCGUCCGUUCCAGCUCGUUACCGGUCGUGUGUGGAAGGGAUGUGCUUUUGGUGGUGUCAAGGGACGUACGCAACUACCCGGACUCGUCUCUGACUACAAGCGUGGCGACCUAAAGGUUGAUGAGUUCAUCACCCACCGUCAACCACUCGACAAGAUCAACCAGGCUUUCGGCGAUAUGAAGGCUGGUGACUGCAUUCGCUGCGUUGUCAACAUGCGCGAAUAA